CACACCCUGUCCCUCCACCAUACCACUCUCCAACCUCAUCCCUCCAAGGAUUCCAGAACCUUCCUCCCCCCUCUCUCUCUCUUGCCAAAUGAAGAAAGGAAAUAUUACAUAUACACAGAUAUGGCUUACCAAAAUAAUAUCUAGAACUUUCCAUCAUUAAAAUUUUCAUAAUAGAUCCUCAUUCAUACCCUUAAUCACUCACUUCCAAAGCUUCCCUCUAUGUGUCUGUGACUCAGCAAAACCAACCUCUCAACUGGAUAAACUACCUUCCCCAAAGGGGAAAGUCUGGUGCACCUCGUGUCCUUCCACUUUGACCUGCUCAGUCUCAAUCCAUGUAGCUCUAAAUCCAUUGCACUCUCUUGUUUUCUCCUCUUUUAGCAUGUUUGGAUCUUUAAACUUUUAUGAAAUCUUUUCUUGUCUCUUCUUUGCAAAAUUGACUGUAUUGUUCUUCAAUUCUGGCAUUCAAAAUUGAACCCAUCUGAGAUUGGACCAAGGAAUCGAGAAAAGAACACAAACCCAGUAAAAUUUAAGCAUCUUUUUGCAAUCUUGAUGAUGAAUCCUUCAUACCCAGUUAAGGAGGAGUGUCCGGGAUCGAGUUCAUCGCAAUCCGGUGAGGGGCCGCCGCCGCAGCCGAUGGAGGGGCUUCAUGACACAGGCCCUCCACCGUUUCUCACCAAGACCUUUGACAUGGUGGAUGACCCAAUCAGUGAUCAUGUAGUUUCUUGGAGCAGAGGGGGUCACAGCUUUGUUGUUUGGGAUCCAUAUGCCUUCUCUUCCAAUCUCCUCCCAACAUACUUCAAGCACAACAACUUCUCAAGCUUUGUCAGGCAGCUCAAUACUUAUGGCUUUAGGAAGAUUGAUCCAGAUAAAUGGGAAUUUGCUAAUGAAGGAUUUCUGAGCGGUCGUAGGCAUCUUCUGAAGAACAUCAAAAGAAGAAAGGUACCUUCACAGCCUCUUCCUCCUCAACAAGCUCUGGGUCCUUGUUUGGAAGUUGGAAGAUUCGGAUUCGAUGGAGAAAUAGAUCGCCUGAGACGGGACAAGCAGGUUCUGAUGAUGGAACUUGUGAAGCUUAGACAGCAACAGCAAAAUAGCAGGGCUCAUCUUCGUGCCAUGGAACUGAGGCUUCAAGGGACAGAGAGGAAGCAGCAACAAAUGAUGAUUUUUCUUGCAAAAGCUAUGCAAAAUCCAUUAUUUAUCCAGCAAUUAGUCCAACUGAAGGAGAAAAGAAAGGAACUCGAAGACAAAGCUACUAAAAAAAGGCAGAGGCGCCCAAUUGAGCAAGGCCAAUCCAGUCGAAGUGGUGAAGGGUUAAUUAAAAUCGAGCCUCUGGAAUUCGUAGACCCUUAUGGAUUUGAAGUAUCAGAGCUGGAGGCACUUGCAAUGGAAAUGCAGGGAUUUGGUAGUAGAUCAAGAAAGGAGAGAGAAGAAGAACUCGAGCAAUUUGAGAAUGGGGGGGAUAAAGAACUUGAUGAGAGGUUUUGGGAAGAAUUACUGAAUGAGAAGCUCGAUGAAGAAUCAGGUUUGCCAGGGAACGAAGAAGAAUGUGAAGAGGAGGAUGUGAAUGUCUUAGCCAAUCAAUUGGGUUACUUGGGUUCAAGCCCAAAGUAGAAAGUGGCUUCUUCUGCAUCGCUGAUCGUCCACUUCCUGGCUCCUUGCAUCAGUGACCAUUUCUUUUGUGUUCUUAAUCUUAGAUCUACCUAUGUUACUUGUUAAUUUCUGUCUCAUUUUGUGUAGAUUAGGUUCCCAAGCAAAGAGGAAGAUGUGAUUACCUAAUCCAAUCCAUUGGGUUACCUGUGUUCGAGCGCAAAGUAGAAAGCUGGACUUGAUUAAACAUUGCUAGUUGUCAACUGUCAACUACCUCACCACUCCCUCGAUCACCGUUACUUUUAGGUAGCAGGCCUUCCGUAGUUGUUUGAUUAAUUUCAGUCUUGUUUGAUUAAUUUCAGUCUGUUUGUGUAAUUUAGAUCCUAGCAAAUGCUAGUAGGCCAUAACUUUCUUAUGGGUUUCUUGCAAUUUGGCAGGAUAGGGAAUUACCAAUCAUUGUAACUAUCGAAGAAAAAAAAAAAAAAAAAAACUUGGUUUUGUUGUUUCUAACUCUGUGACUCUUCUUUGUUGCCUUUUUAUAUGUACAUAGAUAUAUCUGCUUCUCAUUCAUCUCUACCUUCAUCAGAUUGCAGGCCUUGUUCAAGAGUAUGUAGAAGUUCUUUAUCAUGAUUUGUCUCAAGAUUGCUCAGGAGCCGUUGAAUAUGAAGAUACUUUCGCUGCAAGUUGCAAAAAAACAGCUUCAGUUAAGUUAUCUUUUUUUAUUAUUCAAGUGGCAGCUGUGGUCACUUUGUCGGUUAGAUUUUUUGUUUAUGAGUUGUCUUUUUAUUUGUUUUAAUGAGGCAGAGAUCAAGAUCAAGAUGUGUUUGGUUUUGAAUUUGGUGAUGCAACUUGCGAAGAUAUUUUCUGCUUGCGCUCUAAAUAACGGGAUUCUGAAUGAAAAAUAAGUUUGUAGGUUUUGCUCAUCUGGUGACCUUGAAUCUCUUAUGGCAGAUGUUGGGCAUCUAGGACUUUUGCACAACUUUUGGUUGCGUACUGAAGUCCAUAUGAACUGGAAUGAGUACCGGUAGUUGGGAAAAUCUUGGUGGUUAUUUGCUGAAACCAUUUAAGUUUUCAGUUUGUGAAUAGGCUGUUGAGCAUCUUCAAAAGCCUCGGUAAAAAAUAAAAACAAAAAACCAGAAAACAGGAAGACGUGAUAUGUCGGAUAAAGAGAUUAUUUAGGAUGAUUGAAGGUAAACUUUGAACGAAUUGAAAUGAAGAGCUGGCUGGGCAGUGACAGUCUAUGAAUUGAGUUGGGGGGUAGGGAGUUAAUGCUUACAUAUUGAGCUUGCUCCAAAUAUCUCAAUCAAUGCAAUAUAUCCUCAUGGCCGAUCAAUGACAUGAAAACAUAGGAGGUACCAAGAGAACAAGCAUCUAUGGUGUCUAAGAAAUUUCAAGACAAGACAUUGAACAUUAAUAUACUUUUAGUGCAAAACUUUUGCUAAUUGGAACGACAUGAUAACACCGAGGGGCAAGGAUGACAUGCACGAACAAAUUGAGCUCAUAAUUUUUUCUCGAUUAAAAUUCUGCUUCUCAUUCGAGGAGUCAUUAUGAUAACAUGAAGCUUCGGACAAACCACAUUGAAAAUAUGAAAAUAAAAAUUUAUGGAAUUUUAGUGAGGAAAUAAUAAGA